UCAUGACUCGCAUGAGUUCAGUCUGCAGUUCCUCGUGGAGUGACAUGAACACAGCGGUGUAAUUCAGCACAGUUUAAAGUGUAGUUUUUAGUUUAGUGCAUACACAUUAACCUGAAACGGAUGUGAUGGACGAGGAACCUAAAUACGGAGAGCCAAAAAAAUUUGAUCCCAGCUUUAAAGGGCCCAUCCAAAAAAGAGGAUGUACAGACAUUAUUUGCUGUAUCUUCUUCCUUUUGGCCAUACUGGGUUACUUCGCUGUGGGAAUUGUUGCCUGGUCUCAUGGUGACCCGAGGAAGGUGAUCUACCCUACAGACAGCACGGGACAGUUCUGUGGGCAGGGAUUACUGGAGAAGAAGCCAUUCUUGUUCUACUUCAACAUCAUGAAGUGUGCCAGUCCCAUGGUCCUCUUAGAGUUCCAGUGUCCCACCCCACAGUUGUGUGUGGAUCAAUGCCCAAAUCGCACCAUGACAUUGGUGAAUGCCAACGCAAAGUCCGAAGACUGGAAAUACUAUAAAAUGUUUUGCCGUGAAGACCCAGGACAGAAGAGUGUGACGCAGAUAUUGAAAGAAAAGCUGUGCCCUGCAUAUUUGAUUUCCAGCAAACAAUUUUUGCAACGGUGUUUUCCGACUCUGGGCAAAAAGGGGGAAACCAUCACAGUGGGCGAUAAUGUGAAGUUUGAUGAUGGACGGGGCAAAAUAAGAGAUGCCAAAGACCUGGUGCCUGGAAUGAAGAACGCAACGAUAGUCAUGGAGGGUCGUCAAGUUGCAAUGAAGAUCUUUGAGGAUUACACAAAGUCUUGGUACUGGAUCCUUAUUUGUCUGUUGAUUGCUGUGGUGGUGAGUCUGAUCUUCAUUGUUCUUCUGCGUUAUGUGGCUGGAGUCAUGGUGUGGGUCAUGAUCCUCAUGGUCAUCGCUGUCAUCGCCUAUGGUAUCGUUCACUGCAGUAUAAAGUAUGUGAAUCUAAAGGACACCCCUGCCUCUAAUAUCACGCUACAGCAGCUGGGCUUCCAGCCGGAUUUCACUGUGUACCUGCACAUUAGACAGACCUGGCUGGCCUUCAUCAUUAUUCUAGCGAUCGUGGAGCUCAUCAUCAUCCUCCUGGUCAUCUUCCUCUGGAACAGAAUCCGCAUCGCUGUUGAGCUCCUGAAAGAGGCCAGCAGAGCCGUUGGUUAUGUGAUGUCAUCAGUGUUCUACCCCAUUUUUACCUUCUUCCUCCUCGCUAUUGUCAUAGCAUACUGGGGCGUCACUGCAAUCUUCCUCUCUACAUCCAGUGAGCCUGUGUACAAAGUUUUCAAUGAAACGGAGUGUCCUCAUGCCAGAGAAACCUGUAACCCUGAGAACUACACUCUCUCUGAUAUGAAGCGAGACUGCCCGUUGUCCGAGUGCCUGUUUGCUUUCUAUGGUGGGGAAACGCCCUACCACAAGUACCUUAUCGUCUUCCAAUUCUACAACGUCUUCUUGUUCUUCUGGUGUGCCAACUUUGUGACCGCUCUGGGUCAGAUGACUCUGGCCGGAGCCUUCGCGUCUUACUACUGGGCUUUUAAGAAACCCGAUGACAUACCUGCCUUCCCGCUGUGUGCCGCUCUGGGCAGAUCCCUCAGGUAUCACACAGGCUCUUUGGCGUUUGGUUCUCUCCUCCUCGCCAUUGUCCAGGUUAUCAGGGUUCUGCUGGAGUAUCUUGACCACAAACUCAAUGCAGCCGAAAAUAAGUGUGCCAAGUUCUUGAUGUGCUGUCUGAAGUGCUGCUUCUGGUGUUUAGAGAAGUUCAUCAAGUUCCUGAACAGAAAUGCCUACAUUAUGGUGGCCAUCUACGGUAAGAACUUCUGCAGGUCAGCGCGAGACGCCUUCUUUCUUCUGAUGAGAAAUGUAGUCAGGGUGGUCGUUCUGGAUAAGGUCACCGAUUUCAUCUUAUUCCUUGGAAAACUCCUUAUUGUGGGGCUUGUGGGAAUCUUUGCUUUCUUCUUCUUUUCUGGACAUACAGAUGCAUUUAAAGGUGCUACACCCAGUCUCCAUUACUACUGGGUCCCUAUUUUGACGGUGUUGGUGGGCUCCUAUCUCAUUGCCCACGGGUUUUUCAGCGUUUACGCCAUGUGUGUGGACACACUCUUCCUCUGCUUUUUGGAGGACCUGGAGAGAAACGACGGGAGCCCAGAACGGCCCUAUUUGAUGUCUGACAACCUUCUCACUGUUUUGAAGAAAAAGAACCUGGCCAAAUAGUAGUUACCGCUCCUCAUUGGCUAUCAGGGUUCACUGUAUGUAUGUGCAUGCUUCCUGCGACACCUCAGUGGUUAUAGCAUGAAACGUAAAGUGCCUUAAUGCAAUUGUUUCCGCUGCCUUCUCUAACAUGCCUUGGAGCCAGAGACAAUCAUAUGCAUCAAUUGUCGAGAUUCUUUGAAAAGGUUUGACCUCUGCAAUACGGUACCAGAUCCAUUACUUUAUAACAGUGAGUUUUUUCACAAAUGUGUUCAUUCAGUGUCUUUUAAAAUAUAUUUGUAUUCCCUUUAAAGAAUAUAACCGUCAGAAAUAUUCUGAUUUGCAUGUUGCUGUUUUUUGAGAUAUAGCUGACAUGUAUUUAUUACAGUGUUUAUAGUUGUUACAGUUUUUAUAUAAAACAUUGCAUAUUUUCUGACAGUGAUUAUGGCUUGAAUUUUUUAAAAACACAUUUUAAUUGUGUUUUUUGUCCUGUGAGUUGAUAUUUAAGUUUGA